GUGACCCCCCAACCCCCCACUGGCACCCCAAUUGUUGGCAGGGCAAUUGUGUGUGCGGGAGGCUCGUAAAGGGCCCUGCCUGGGUUCCUCUGCCCUGUGACGGAUAGCUGGGAGACCGCAGGGCCAAUUUACAUGAGAAGAGCCGGAGGAGAGAGCGAUGAAUAGAGCGACUUUCAAUCUGCUUGUCUCUGAGGACUUUCUCUUCCAACCACCAACCCCCCAUCACCAACCCUUUGUUUGUGCAACUCUCUCUGUUUCUUGGCCUCCAUCUCUUUCUUCCCCUCUACCUCUUCACUUCAUUUUCCUUUGCCUCAAAUCUGUCAUUGCCAAUCAAAUUUUUUUCUUAUGUAUAUAAUGCUCGAGGCUUUCAAAUCUCACCCCCUCUGUCCUGUCGGUCUUUUAUUUGUCCACUUUAAUGCUGAAUUGAUUGUCACCAUCACAACACCAGGAGACAUAAAUGUGUUUCCUCUAUUUCCCCCAUCUUCUGCUCACAAUAAGAAUGACCCUAGCACAAUAGGGGAGGCAUACUCCAAGUACAAAUAGUCAAAUCAAUUGCAUAAUGGCUAUAUUAUCUUGGCAAUUGGAACUAGCUAGUCCAAAUAGAUUGGAUAAUGGCUGUAUUAUUGUGGACUUUCAGUCCAAAUUAACAGAUCGAUCUCUCAACCAACCAAAUCUCCCUGAUGCCAAGGGGGACUGGGAUUGUUGUGCACAUUGUGGUCAAUUUUUUUGUUAUAUUUGUCAUCAUCCUAUUUGAUUGUAUCACUCUAUCAUUCUACUUGUAUCACUCUACUCAGUGCUUGAAGUGGACUGAAAUCGUAGGUGCCAGUUAGCACUCGUUUUGGGUGCCGGCCCAGCAGACUUUAUAUGUAGGUGUCAGUACAUAUCAUAUUUUAUUGCCUGUAUUCUAUAAGAGGUGCCGGUACACCGGUGGGCACCAGCUCAAUUCAAACACUGACUCUUAAUCCUGCAAAGCAUAAUGAAUGAGCUAUUUACUGAUGGAUGGCUAUGGGCAAACACCUAACCCACAAUGGAGGUGUAAAGUGGUGACCAUAGAAACUAGAAUAAAGUGUAAUGGGUAGCUACUAGUAAUGUCACACCUAGCCUCAUUUUAGAACAGCAGGGAGCUGCUACUGGAUAGAGGGGGCAUGGACCAUGCAUGGGCUAUACUGUGAAAUGGAUCCUGUUUUGUUGACAUACUUUCUCUCUGAAGAAAUAGGCCUACCAGGCAUUUGACAAUGGAAUCCAAUGGAAUGUACAUUGUAAUAUGUUAUUAGGUCUUUCCAAUAUGCUACAGAUGUCAUUCCGAUAUGACAUUGAAUUGAAAAGCCUAAACUUAUUUUGAUUAUUGUCAACAGGUGUCAUUAAUGUAGUGGCCAAUAUUAUGGAGAAAGAUCUGAAAUAAAAAUAUUAUGUACCUUAAGUAAAUAAGAAUGAUGAAUCUGAACAUUUAAACUAGUUUUUUUGAAGUUUGUAUUGGAGAGAGAAUUGGGUGAGGGUUCCCUGCCUCCUCCCUCCCUUGCCUUAAACAUGUCUGUUGGCCAAUGUUAUGGAGAGAAGCCUGAAACAAAACGAUUCUUUAUCUUAAAUAAACAAGAACUAUAUAAUCAGUUUAACAAACUAAAGUUUGUAGUUUGUAUUGCAGAGCGAGAGAGAAGGGUGCCCUUCCUCCCUCCCACAGCGAUUCCUCCUCUCUUCAUAUUCACUCAAGUGCAUUCCAAAUUCACCGCACCCCUUCUAUAGUGAUGUAAAUGAGUGGGCUGGAGGGAGGGAAGUUAGGAGCAGAUUUGCUUGUGUAGAAGUUUUAUAAUCACCAGCUACCAGUGGGAGAGGGAGUUUUGAUUUCAAGAAGGAACUCUACAGCAGUAUCUCUAGAUCGCUCUUCUCAUUGUAGCUUAAAGGCCUGCAUCUGAAUAGUGAGUUGGUAGCAGGAUGUUUUUGCUCAGAUUUUGUUUCCAUCUCUGACAAUUUGUUUUAUUAUUAUUGUUUUCAACUUGCGGCUUGGGAUGCUUGGUUGACAUUACACAGCAGGUGUAAUUUUAAAACUCUGUUCAAACUUUGUAUAUUUCGUUUAUGGUAAAUAUGUAUAACAUUAUAGAGCACCAACUCAAGUCCUCUGUUCCCUCACAUCAUCCUGGAACAGGAAUGCCACCUGCGAACGGAGUAGGGGGGCACGGGGGUGGCCACACAGGUUCCAAAUCACCGGCAAUCCAACCUGACCCGAUGGACAAAGUCAAGCGGCCCAUGAAUGCCUUCAUGGUCUGGUCUCGCGGUGAGCGAAGGAAAAUGGCUCAGGAAAAUCCCAAAAUGCACAAUUCUGAGAUAUCCAAACGACUGGGUGUCGCGUGGAAAUCUCUUACAGACGCCGAGAAAAGGCCCUUCAUUGACGAGGCAAAGCGCCUCCGCGCCGUGCACAUGAAGGAUUAUCCAGACUACAAAUACAAGCCCCGUCGUAAAACCAAACCGAUUCCGAAGAACAAUACUCUAGCCGCGCAGUAUCAGAUGUCGGCCGGUAACCACCUGCUGAGUGCGUCCGCGGCUCAGGGACAAGUUGGAAACCCCAGAAUGGAUGCAUAUGGCUGGGGCCACACAGGGGGCUACACUGCGGCGAUGCAGAGCGAGGCGCUCGGCUACAGCCAGCAGCUUCACCGCUACGACCUGUCAGCACUUCAGUAUCAGUCCAGCAUGGCCCAGGCCCAAGCCUACAUGAAUGGUGCCAACGCAUACAGCCCCAUGUCCUACAGCAGCAGCCCCCAGCAGGUCAGCCCAGUGAUGUCCAUGGUGAAGCAGCAGUCUGAUAGCCACAGCAUGUCCCCCUCCCCCACCGGGCCCCACAGCCCCCUCCAGCAGCACCAUCACCAGGCCCACCAGCAGCACCAGACCCAGCGUGGUGUCCAGGGAGAACAUCUCAGGGACAUGAUCAGCAUGUACAUGCCUGGGGGAGAUGCCUCAGAGGCCCAGAGAGGGUACUCCGUCUCUGCAGCAAACAUCCAGCAGCAUUACCUGGGAGGGUCAGCUCCACUCACCCACCUUUGAAUUCACUCUCACGCACCUCUAAGCUGAACUCACCAACUCGCACACCUCUGAACUGAGACAUUACACUGAUUCAAACAACCUUGUAUCAUGCUGGUUGAAGUGCUGUCGAACUCCCCUCCUAACUCUUGUUGGAGCCCCUUAUCCACAUCUGACCUCCUGGAUCUGACACUGAUAUUGUGGAAGUCCAGAAGGAUGGAUGUUGGCAAACAACCUGAUCUGACUUGAUAUGCUGGGAUUGACUGGUGGCAGCCCAAUGGGGUCAGUAAACGUGCAGGGACUGAAGAAAGAAAAUAAUAUUAAUUUUAAUACAAAGAUGAGAUCAUUCACUGACUGACACGGACAAUAUUGUGUGACAAGAUGAUGAUGUCAUCAUUGGUCAUUGAUUGGUUGAAUGGUUUCAGUGUACGUUCCAGUUGGAAUGCCUUGAUGGUUAUGAGUGAUUGCAAACCCCCAGAAAUUGUCCCAUUCUGCUAUUUCUCUAAACCCACCGUCUAAAAGAGUUUUAAUGACUGCAAUGGGAACUCAAAAAGUUGGAGUGGACGUAUUACAUUUUGUUUUCAUGAAUUCUGAACAAAAUGGCUUUGACGUUGACAAUCCCAAAUGUUUCUCUCAGACAACUGCCAUUUCUAUAUCCGUUCAGAAAAUGAAUUUACCUCUAAAUGGGUCUACACCCUGUAAUUUAUAUAAAAGUUAAACAGCAGUUGGUUUUUUCCACUUUUUGAAACACAAAACGGAACCAAUAUUUGAGGAUUUUGUUAGUGUUUAGUUUAAAUCAAUGCUGCUUUUCUGAGGUUCAGGCCUUAUUUACAGUUGUGAAAUGUAUUGAAUGUUUUUAUUAAUACCCUUCUAGUAAGAGUAUUGUUAUUUCAAGUCACUUGACAACAAUUAUGUA